AUGGGCCAUUUCACACUGACAAAUCUUCUCCUACCAUUGCUCAAGGCCGCCGCAACAGACUCAACAACCAUACCACGAAUUGUGACCGUCGCUUCCGCCGCUGCCGUCGCAUUCAUACCAGCAAAUUACACCCUAUCAUUCACGAACCCGACUUUCCUCAGCGUCAACACUAAGACGCCUCUUGCAAUGCCAUUCCGUCUUGCCAGCCCAAUCUUUGCCAUGGACGUGAUGCGCUACAGCCUCGCCAAAUUGGCCAACAUUAUGGUCAACGUGAAGCUGCAGCGACUCCUAGACGACCAAGGGUUGAACAUUCUCUGCAUGUCUGUUAAUCCGGGCGCGGUAAAGACGGAAGGUGGUGUUGGUGUUUGGGCCUGGCCUAUGAAGUAUCUGAUGAAACGUGUCAUGGUUAGUGAAGACGAGGGGUCGUGGAACUCGUUGUUUGCUGCCACAGCAAAGGAUGUUCAGGCGAGCCCAGACAAAUAUCGGGGACAAUAUUUGGAUGUGAUAGGCAAGGUUACGCCCGUUCCUAUUCUGGAGCGGAAUGAGGGCCAGAUAGAAGGGCUCUGGGAGGUUACAACAGACGAAAUCAACAAGCAUCUAGGAGGGCUUGGCCUGGAUGCGCUGGCUUGA